AUGGAUCUUAAGAACAACAGAGAGCUCCAUGAGAUGAUGCGGACGUUUGUCAUUUUGGAUAAGGACAACGUCUUGUCUUCGGACUCUGAGCCGACAGACCUGGAGUCCGACACGCAAGAGUACUUUUCGUCCAAAAGCGGCAAGCAUGCAUUCAAGCAGAAAGAUAGAGAGACUGGACUGUCAGAGACGGAGGGGAGGACGGCAGAAAGGCAAUUGGCAGAGACAGAAACGGCAGAAAGACAUGACAGACAUGAAAGACAAGAAAGACAAGAAGGACAAGAAAGACAAGAAAGACAAGAAGGACAAGAAGGACAAGAAAGACAAGAGAGACAAGAAAGACAUGAAAGACAUGAAAGACAUGAAAGACAGUCGACAACAGCAGAAUCGACAGCCAAAAGCGCAUCUGCCGCUACAAAGACAGAAGCCUCUACAGAACAUUCCGCCAAGCUCCAUUCUACAAACCCGCUGAGUUUCUACGAAGACUAUUGCACCCGCUACAUGCAUUUCACCGACACCAACCCCACCACGUACCACGCCAUAGACUUCUUUGCACGGCUCUUGGAGGAAAAACAGUUUUGCGCCGUUGCAGAAAGAGACACCUUCGAUAUUUCUGGCGGACUGCGCUUUUUCGUCACAAGAGGCGGCCAGGCCAUGGUGGCCGUAGUUGUGGGCCAGAACUGGCUGCCUGAGAAAGGAAUCGGCGCUGUUGCCGCACACGUAGACGCCUUGACAGCAAAACUCAAGCCUUCGUCGCUCAAAGAAUCCGUUGACGGAUUUCAUCUUUUGGGUGUAGCUGCGUACUCCGGCGCACUCAACCAUCUUUGGCUCGACCGCGACUUGGGAAUUGCAGGCUCUGUUUUGGUCCGUGACGCCGAGUCGGGCAAAGUGUCGUCUCGCCUCGUGACGUCGGGCCGCCAUGCCAUCUGCCGAAUUCCCUCGUUGGCGCCGCAUUUUGGAAGCGCUGCGGCGCCUCUUCCGUACAACCAGGAAACGAAAAUGGUUCCUGUGAUGGGCUUUGGCGGCGACGACGCCCCGCCGUCCGCUCUGGAAAAACGCCUGCCCUUAUAUGGGCGUCACUCGCUCUCUUUGCUUCGGUACCUCGCCCAAUUGGCCAAUUGCAAAGUGGAGCACUUGUGCGCCGCCGACUUGGAGCUUUUCGAUGUCCAGCCGGCUGCCCGCGGCGGCUUGCAACGCGAAUUCAUGUUUGCUCCAAGAAUAGACGACCGCUUGUGUGCCUUCAGUGCUGUCCAUGCGCUUGUUUCGUUGUCGGACAUUGACUUGGCCCAAAGCGACAGCUGCCACGUUGUUUUCCUUGCCAACAACGAGGAAAUCGGCUCUGCUACACGCACAGGCGCAAAGGGAAAGUUGUUGAACAGCGUGGUGGAAAGAUUGGUGUCGGCCCGCAAUGCGGCCGCUUCUGGCUCUGCUUCAGGAAUCCCGGAGACUUGCGGAAACUCAAACAGUGCAUACGCUCGAAGCCUGCCACAUACAGAGAACUCUGUCGCUCGCGUCUUUGCCAACUCGGUCCUUCUUUCUGCAGAUGUGACGCAUUCACUCAACCCAAAUUUCAAGGAGGCUUACUUGGCGGGACAUUAUCCCCUUCCUAACACAGGACUUACCCUCAAGAAGGACGCAAACGGCCACGUCAUGACAGACCUGCUUGGCGUGUUAUUGAUGGAAUCCAUCGCAUCCAAAUGCGGCUUACGUAUUCAGCAGUUCCACAUCCGGAACGACAUGCCGUCUGGCGGGACUAUCGGUCCUAUGCUUGCCACAGAUACGGGCGCAAGAGUUAUUGACGUGGGCUUGCCUCAACUCAGCAUGCAUAGCAUUCGAGCUGCAGCAGGAUACAAAGAGCCAGGACUAGGCAUUGAAGCGUUUGGUGCGUUUUUUGCCCACUGGCGUCUGACUAUGGACUCUAUCGACUAUCUGUGA